AUGAAAACAAUUAAUGAUAUAACAAACGGUGAAACAAGAAGUGUGACAAUUAGUUCCAAAGCAGCAGCUCCUUCCUUGUCCGUGCCAUCUUCUAGAGCUCCAACAAACGUUAAAACUAAGAGACAACAAGCUUAUAGGAUAAUAUCUGCUUCUGACCCAUCAUGGGCUGAUCUUUUUAAGACCCCAGAUGCUACGAACCGAUCAUCUACUGAGUCUGAUGCUGCUAGAAGAGCUCAACUUCAAGAGUCUGCUUUGCUUAUCCCGAACCCUCCUCAAAACUCAGCUUUUCCUGUCAACCAGCCAAUGGAUACUACAAGACAACAAAGCACUGCUACUGCAUCAUCUCCACUUGGUCUUGGGCCACCGAUCUCCAUGGACGACUUAAACUCUUUUUUCUCAUCAGCAGGAUUUCAGCAACGUAGUGGUAGUAACAGCUACACUUUGGCGCAUGAUUGUGGUGAUAUGACGAACCUUCAUUACCUGUGGCGCCAAGAACAGAACAACGUGCCAUCUUCAGAAGCAUUACAGCAACGUGGUGGUACUAAUAACGACACUUCCCUUUAUCACUCUCUCGAUUCAGUGUUUUCUCAGUACAGAAACAAUAGCCUGCCUCCCUCAGCUACCUCUAGUGACAUGACGCGUGGUACCGCUGCAAACUCGAGUGAUACCUCCUCUAUUGGUCCUUCAUCGCACGCCUCUGCUUACAGUGUUGGCAUGCCGAGUGGUAACGCUGCACCGUGGUCUGGAAGUAUCCCAAGAGUUCACUUGCCAUCAUCAAACUCGAGUGGUGGAACCUCCUCUAUUGGUCCUUCUUCUUCUCACGUUAACGGUUCAAACUCGAGGUUGGGGUAUGGAGAUUACUUGCCACCAGUUCACCUCCAGGGUAGUAGAAGCUCAAAAGAGUGGACUGUGCAAAGUGAAGAAAUUUACUUCAUCCCGUCUCACUGGAGGUCACCGGGUUACAGACCUAGCCAACAAGAACGGGAGGAAUACAGAGGGAUUGGCUACGAAAGACUCAGAGCUUACAAUGCAUCUCUUAACCAAGAAAACAAUACAAGUGAUCCAUCUGACCAAACCCAGCAACGGCCAAGAGACAAGUAGCUAGUGUAACUUUUCAAAAAAAAAUCAACCAACUCCAACAACUGAUGACUUUCUUUCUAGUGUAUUAGCUACAUUGUAGGCAAAGAACAAUAUGCCUUUUAUAACGUUUGUUCUGUGGUUUGAUAUUUUUUACUUACA